GAAUGAAGCGCUGAACUGAACACCGUAGUUAAGCCUCUGUUUAGUAUAUCCGAAAGCCACUGUACCGCAUUUUGUCGCACAUUUUAACCAUGGCGCUCUGUUGUUCACUGUCCAACGAGGUUCCCGAGCACCCUGUGGUCUCGCCGGUGUCAGGAUCGGUGUUUGAACGUCGACUGAUUGAAAAGUAUAUUGCCGAUAAUGGAGUCGAUCCCACGAACGGAAAAGAAAUAACCAUUGACCAACUCAUUGAAAUAAAAACACCUCCAAUUGUGAAACCCAAAGUACCAUCUGCAACAAGCAUUCCAGCAGUACUGAAAUCUUUACAAGAUGAAUGGGAUGCUGUAAUGCUGAAUUCAUUCACUUUGAGGCAACAGUUGCAAACUGCUCGACAAGAAUUGAGCCAUGCCUUGUAUCAACAUGAUGCAGCAUGCCGUGUUAUUGCACGCCUCCACAAAGAGGUAUCUACAGCUAGAGAAGCACUUGCAACUUUGAAGCCACAUACUGGCUAUGCUGCUGUCACUGCUCCUUCUGUUGCUACCUCAGCUGAAGUUGGAGGAGUUGCAGCACAGCCCAUUGAAGCAGCCGGACUAACACCAGAAAUUAUUUCACAAUUACAAGAUAAGGCCACUGUUCUUACGCAAGAACGAAAACGUAGAGGCAAAACUAUGCCUGAAGGUUUGGCUACAGCAGAAGCAAUAAAAGGAUACAAAAUUUUGGCAUCUCAUCCAGCGCUGCACAGCGCCAGUAUGCCUGGAAUUCUGACGAUGGAUGUUCAUGCGGCCGAUACCUCACAUAUCUUGACUGGAGGUAACGAUCGAUGCGCGACUGUUUUUAACAAGGAUACCGAACAGGUUGUGGCUGUCCUCAAGGGACAUACAAAAAAAGUGACCAAAGUACUUUAUCAUCCAGAAGAGGAAGUAGCGAUUACGGCAUCCCCCGAUGCCACCAUUCGCGUUUGGAAUAUAACCAGCUCUUCGCAAUCUGCCAUUAUUCGUGCUCAUGAUGGACCGGUAACAGGCUUGUCACUUCAUGCAACAGGAGAAUACGUACUGUCGACCUCCCUGGAUCAGCAUUGGGCAUUUUCUGAUAUUCGGGUUGGACGAUUGUUGACUAAAGUAGCCGAUACUGAUGGAAACCCACUCACAACGGCCCAAUUCCAUCCCGACGGACUUAUUUUUGGAACUGGCACACAGGACUCGCAGAUUAAAAUUUGGGAUUUGAAAGAGCAAUCUAACGUUGCCAAUUUUCCAGGUCAUUCGGGUCCGAUUGUUGCAUUAUCGUUCUCGGAAAACGGCUAUUACUUAGCCACAGCUGCUGAAGAUUCUUGUGUCAAACUUUGGGAUUUGCGCAAACUAAAGAACUUCAAGACGAUUCAGCUUGACGAAGGCUACGAAGUUAAGGAUCUAUGCUUCGAUCAAAGCGGUACCUAUUUGGCUGUGGCUGGCACGGACGUUCGUGUCUAUCUCUGCAAACAGUGGGAAACACUAAAAACCUUCAAUGACCAUACUGCUCUAGCAAUGGGUGUCCGAUUUGGUAACCAUGCGCAGUCCCUUGCAUCUGUCAGUAUGGAUCGUACACUUAAAAUUUAUGGCAUCGAGUGAUCCACCGUCUACACGGUUGAGAGAGAGGGUUUUUUAAUGAAAAUUUUUUCGUCCUAUCUUUUUUUUUUUUUUUUUGCUGUAAGGUGCAAUGCGCAUCAAACUCUCGUCCUCACAAAUACACGCGUUUCAUUUUUUUCC